CUGGGCUGUACUUUGACCGCAUGAAUCAACUCCAUGGAAGCUGGGCAGUUGCAAAGGAAGAUAAAAUAACUAUACAACUGACUCGCAACCCAAGAGAAAUUCAGAGGGUCAGGAAUGGAAUUUUGGGUUCCCCAGAGGCUGCCUCAGCCACGGGGGAGGCCUGUAGCACCAGCAAAGGGUCCAGACCAAGGGCUUCAGAGAGACGGACAUCAUCGGCCGGGUCCUCACUCUCAGUACAACAGAGAGGAGUUCCUUCAAUGGCAAGAUGUCCUUGGGAGCCCCCAGCCACAGCAGGACCCCAGGGCAGACCACCAGCAGCCACACUGUGCAUCCAGGCCUGGGGAAUGGCACCAGCCCAUGUCCGGGGUUGACUAUUAUGAAGGUGGUUAUCUUAGUCAGUUGUAUUCAAGGGCAGGCUAUACGGAUCAGUACCAGAGCUGUCACUCUCCAGCACUGAGGGAAGAAUACACUUACGGAAAGUAUUACCAUCAUGGGUUCCUGCAGUGGCUGCAGGAAGAAAGAGUGCCAAGGCAAGGGAGUACUUAUGUCUGGUAUGAAGGUUACCAAGAUCAAAAGUACCUCAAUGAACAUCGUCAUGAAAACCAGAAUAGUCUGUUUGGAACACAGAAUGAGACCCAGUUCCACCCUCACCAUCGGAACCCGCAUAGCGACAGCCCUGCUCCCAACUCAGCACAGGAGAGGGCCAGGGAGCUGCUUCCAGAGCGUCUGCUCCCUGGGGCCCAGAAGAAUAAGCCACCGUUGACCAGCGAGUCCAGCCUCCUCCGGCAGCACGAGUCUGGUCUCAGCUCCAGCAGCUAUGAGCUCAGUCAGUACAUGGCAGACGCUGAGCAGUAUGAUUCUAUGGCUUCAGCAGCUUGGAGCCCAGUUCAGGCCGAGGAUGUCUCCGCAGCUGGUCCCAAAGCACCCAUGAAGUUCUACGUCCCUCACGUACCUGUGAGUUUUGGACCAGGAGGUCAGCUGGUGUGUGUGGUUCCCAGCUCGCCCACUGAUGGGCAGACAGCCCUUGUUGACCUGCACAGUGUGGAGAUUAUUCUUAAUGAUUCCGAAGAGCAAGAGGAGAUGAGAAUUUUCUCAGGACCCCUGAUCAGGGAAGAUGUACACAAGGUGGAUAUCAUGAUGUUUUGCCAGCAGAAAGCAGCUCAGAGCUGCAAAUCUGAGACACUGGGGAGCAGAGACUCAGCUCUAUUGUGGCAACUCUUGGUUCUCCUUUGUCGCCAAAAUGGGUCCAUGGUGGGGUCUGACAUUGCUGAGCUGCUGAUGCAGGACUGCAGGACGCUGGAGAAGUACAAGAGGCAGGCCCCAGUGGCCAACCUCAUCAAUCUGACCCAUGAGGACUGGCCAGUCCUGAGCUCUGGGACCCGGAACCUGCUCACUGGGGAGAUCCCCCCCAGUGUGGAGACGCCUGUGCAGAUCAUGGAGAAAUUCACUAAACUGCUCUACUAUGGAAGGAAGAAGGAAGCCUUGGAGUGGGCCAUGAAGAACCACCUGUGGGGCCACGCUUUGUUCUUAGCCAGCAAGAUGGACCCAAGGACAUACAGCUGGGUCAUGAGUGGCUUCACCAGCACACUGGCGCGCAACGACCCCCUGCAGACCCUCUUCCAGCUCAUGUCGGGGAGGAUUCCACAAGCAGCCACGUGCUGUGGGGACAAGCAGUGGGGAGACUGGAGGCCUCACUUGGCUGUGAUUCUGUCGAACCAGGCUGGGGACGCGGAGCUGCACCAGCGCACGAUUGUCACCAUGGGAGACACCCUGGCCGGGAAGGGGCUUGUGGAGGCCGCUCACUUCUGCUACCUCAUGGCUCACCGGCCCUUUGGCUACUACACCGUGAAGACAGACCACCUGGCCUUGCUGGGCAGCAGCCACAGUCAAGAGUUUUGGAAAUUUGCAACAACUGAGGCAAUGCAGAGGACGGAAAUCUUCGAGUACUGUCAGAUGCUGGGCCGCCCCAAAUCCUUCAUCCCUUCCUUCCAGGUGUAUAAGCUCCUUUAUGCUUCCCGUCUGGCAGAUUACGGCCUCGUGUCCCAGGCCUUGCAUUACUGCGAAGCCAUUGGCGUGGCCGUCUUGAGCCAGGGAGAGAGCAGUCACCCCGUGCUAUUAGUGGAACUCAUCAAGCUGGCAGAGAAACUGAAGCUGUCAGAUCCUCUGGUUGUAGAAAGGCGCGGUGGAGACGGAGGCCUGGAGCCAGCUUGGCUGGUGCAGCUGCGGAGGCUGCAGGAGGGGCUGGAGCAAAAGCUAAUAGGAGACCUUGUGGACCCUCAUUCUGCUCACUCAGAUAUUUCAGGAGCCGGAGGAAUGGCAACAGAGAACGCUUUCUACCAGGAUCUUUCUGGACCUCAGGGCUACUCAGAAGCUCCUGGGCACCGCUCAGCCCUGUGGCUGACACCUGAGCAGACCUGCGUGACCCAGCCUAGUCCACAGCAACCCUUGCCCCUGCAGCCCGGCUCCUACCCAGCAGGAGGGGGUGCAGGGCAGACAGGGGCACCGGUGCCUCUUUACGCAGUUCCUGAGACCCAUCUACCGGGGACCGAUGGCAGCGUGGCAGUGACGUGGGUUCCUGGAGGAAUGGUCUGGGAGGAAACGCUGCAGACACACCCAGCCCCUGGAGAGAACACAGCCUCUCAAGAAACCUUCCAGCAUCCUGAUGGUCAAAAGGCCAUUUCUAAACCACAGUUCCAGGCACCACUGGUUCCCAGAGUGCAAAAUGUUUCUGAGAGUUCCACCAUUUCUGUCAAGGAGGAUGAGGAGGAGUCCUCCGAUGAAGCUGAUCAAAAAUCUUCCCAAAACACUGCAUGGAGAGAAAAGCUAGGCGAUGGGAAAGAGAGCACAAAGAGCUCAGGCUUUGGCUGGUUCAGCUGGUUUCAAUCGAAGCCCACCAACAACAUGCCCCCCUCUGGAGAUGAAGACUCAUCGGACGGUCCCGACUCCGAGCAGGAGACCCCCAGAGCAUCUUCUGCCCCCCAGGCUAGCCUGGGCCUCUCACUGACACCUUCCCCCGCGUCCCCACCACUGCCGGUUGCUAGUGCCUUCUCCAGGGGCAUAGGUGGGGGCGAAGGAGGAGACUCUGCAUCCGGGGGAGGAACAGCUGUAGGCAUUGAGCUUGGAGGCUCGUCCGGGUCUGAGGGUGUUUCCUCUGAGCUCUUCCCCAGCCCUGGUGUUCUGCUUCCUCCUCCUUCCUUGAAAGGGGCUGUUCCUCUUUACAACCCAUCACAGGUCCCUCAGAUGCCUAUGGCCACCAGCCAGAGCCAGCAAAACCGCCGCGCAGUGCCGCUAUCCAACCCAGCCAUGCUGAGAGUGAGCACACGCCAGGCUCCUCUCUCAGGAGUGCCACUUCCACGUGGCUCUCCUCCUCCCAACCUCCCAGCCCCUCUGCCGUGUCCGUGACCCGGAGGUUUGUGCUCGCCUGUUGCCUCCACUGGGGACUUAGUAAGCAAGAGGAUAGGGUCUCCCAAGACUUGACUGAAGAAUGGUGGGAAUUAUUUUGUCAGAUGGAAAAUCUGGCCCUAAGAGCAGGCUGGAAUGAGCAGAGUGACAUGGCAGCAGCACUGAGGGUGGCAGCAUGAGACCCUGAGAGAAGUUGGGGCCUAAUAGUCCCACAGCUGGAAGCAACAUGACCCCACUGGGCUCUGUAGCAGGAAAUUGGGGAGGGGGAGGGGCAGGGGAUCAGAACAAUAUUCUAGACUAACUUUCAACUCCUCCUGGCUUAGAGACUGACACAUGGCUCCAGUUAGCAAAGUUUUUACACUGAAAUUUGAUGACUGCUGCCCUUCAUAGUCCCCUCUUCAGUGACAUCUUGGCAGUGAUCCUCUUGGUCCCAGUUUUGUGCACAUUUUCUAUGUGGUUCAGAUUAAUUAUAUUUCUCACACUUUCUUAGCUGGUCCUAUUUUUUCGCAUUCUGGCAUGUGGCUAUCAAGUUAGAUUGCUGUAGGCAUCAUAUUGUCAUGGUAACUACUGAAUCUAAUGAUGCAGACGGAUGGAACAUCAGUAUAAUAAAUGAUGGAAAGCAUUUCCUAAAAAUUCCUCCCUGCCAUGAAAGGGGAGGAUGAGUGCCUGAUAUUGUUAAUACCUCCCUUCCUACCUCAGGCCUUUGCAAAUUGAUGUUCAGAGGGUCACUGGACCCGCGGCGGGUGGGGGGUGGCGGGCAUCUUGGAAAUUUCCAUUUCUCUUUUCAAAUCCAAAAUAGGAACGGCUCUUGUUGUUUAUAUGUGCUGAAAAUUGCUCCUCACAGAGAAAUUUUUUUUUGUCUGUGUAAUUGUACAUACAGGUUUAGUACUUUCUGAUGUUGAUAGUGAUUAAACCCAGAUAAUUUUAUAGCAAA